UGCUACUUUUACUGCAGAUGGCGGUAUUUCACACCUUCAUUGCACUCCCCUUUUCCAAGACAUUUCCUCCCAAAAUAUAACGGAGAUUGAGAAGUUCUGGAAGUCCACAAGUUUGAGUUAGCUGACGUUUAACUUCCCCUUUUCUGAGUCAGUCCCUCCAACCGAUGGGAUGAGAGGAAGUUCGCCGUAGGGAAAAUCAUUUUAUAUCGAAACUGCUAAUUUUUGAAUUCAUCACUGAAAUGUGCUACAGAAGUUAUCAAGAAGUUUGGCUUUUUUAACGACAUUCCAGGUAAGGAAUGCAAGACAACGUUUUGGAGCUUGAAGGUUGAUCAUCUCCUAUCUAGUCCAGAACAUCUUUCAUCAUGGGUGACUGGAGCGCGCUGGGGAAACUUCUUGACAAGGUCCAGGCGUACUCCACGGCAGGAGGCAAAGUCUGGCUCUCCAUCCUCUUCAUCUUUAGGAUCCUGGUCCUGGGGACGGCGGUGGAGUCCGCCUGGGGAGACGAGCAGUCGGCGUUCAAGUGCAACACACUGCAGCCCGGAUGCGAGAACGUGUGCUACGACAAGUCAUUUCCCAUCUCCCAUGUGCGCUUCUGGGUGCUGCAGAUCAUUUUUGUGUCCAUGCCGACCCUCCUGUACCUCAGCCAUAUCGUGUUCCUCAUGCACAAGGAGGAGAAAUUGAAUAAAAAGGAGGAGAUAUUACGAGACAGCCAGAGCAAGGGAGAAGAUGUGGAUGCACUCUUGAGGAAAAUUGAAAUGAGGAAGUUCAAGUACGGCCUGGAAGAUCACGGGAAGAUCAAAAUGAGAGGAGGAAUAUUUUACACAUAUAUACUGAGCAUCGUCUUGAAGUCCAUAUUUGAAAUUGUUUUCCUGUUGAUUCAGUGGCACCUUUAUGGAUUCACGCUGUCGGCCGUUUAUACGUGUCAAAAGUUCCCCUGUCCACAUAAAGUGGACUGCUUUUUGUCUCGUCCCACCGAGAAGACGGUUUUCAUCAUCUUUAUGUUGGUCGUUUCGCUGGUCUCACUGGCCCUCAAUGUCUUCGAGUUUUUUUACGUGAUUUUCAAGAGGAUGAAGGAUCGAUUCAAAGAGUCAGAGAAAAACUUUGAUAGGGCCUGCAAUAUCAAGCCUUGCCCAAGGAACUUGUCCAGUUAUGGGUAUUAUAACGACUGCUCGGCCCCCGUCCCUAUUCUGGGCUAUAACCUGAAUAUGGGUGACAAGUCCAACUCCUCUGACAAUUAUGACAAGCAGGCUAAUGAGCAAAACUGGACUAAUUACAGUACAGAACAGAACCAGCUGGGUGACACCCAGCACUUUCCGUAUUCUGAGAAAGUGGCUCUGGGAAAGGAUCUUCUGCUGCUCAAAGAGCUUGAACCUCGACCUAGUAGUCGAGCGAGCAGUCGGGCCCGGCCGGAUGAUCUUGACAUCUAGCAGACCCCAUGGACAAUUUCUACGUUUCACAAGUGGUGAAUAUAUAUUUACAAAAAAAAAACUGUGAAAAGGACACUGGUCACUGCAUCCAAAGAAUAUUGUUUCAGCAUUUAUAUUUAUUUUAUUUGUUUUUGCUAUUGUGACUCAUACCAAACAGUUUUUGUUAAGUGAACUGUAUUUAUGAGCUGUGAUUGUGAAAAUGUAAAUAAUUUCACAGGUUCGCUCUAAAAUAAAUAUUGAAUAGGCUACA